AGUCGCGCCCUCUCGCUGCCCGGCGAAAGCGCGGACCGCGCGCGGAGGCGAGCGCGGUGGAGAGGAGCCGCCGGCGCCGCGCCGCCGUCAGGGCAUGAGGAUGGCCGUGGGCUCCGUCAAGAUGCAGCCACCGUGCGAGAGCCCGGCCCUGGCCGCCGCGGCGGCCGUGGUGGCGGCGGACGGCGCCCUGCGCCGCAGCCCCAGCGCCCGUGAGCCGGAGCGCGAGCAGCCGCCGGGGUCGCUGCGGCCGCGGCUGAGGGACCUGCCGGCCCUGCUGCGGAGCGGACUCACGUUGCGGAGGAAGCGGAGCGCCGCCGGGGGCCGGACUCUGUCAAGAAGAAUUUCCAAUCCAUAUCUUGAACAUACUCCUUCCCAGAAUUAUGGGGAGAAUUCUUCUUGUGCAGGAAGAGCGUUGAGGAAUAUUAUUAUCGUUCAGGCAGCUGACCUGAUAAAGGACAGAGUGAACCUCAAGGGGUUUUACAGGAGAAGCUGUGUUGGGUCAGAACUGGUAGACUGGCUUCUGGAACACUGUCCUUUUGUCCAGUGCAGAUCUAUGGCCAUAGGGGUCUGGCAGCUCCUACUGGACAUGGGAAUUAUGUUAUCAGUGGACCAGCAUCUGUACUUUCAAGAUACUUAUGUUUUCUACCAGUUUUCCUCGGAUGAAUGUAGCUACUUGUACUGUGAAUUCGAAAGAGAAGAAGAAUGGCAAAAUGGUGUGAAACUUUUACUGCAGCUCGUACCUCUCAUUCCCGCUAGAGCUGGCAUCUGUGAACUAUCUCAUCAGAAGAUUGAAGACCCCGAAGAAAGCAGUGAUGAAAUUCUCGCUCGUCUGACAUCUGCGGUGCAGAGAGAGCUUGCAGCUGUUAUUGCUUUGAAAGCAAGGAAGUCUGCAAUUGAACAAGAUGAAGAAAACAAUGACAAACACGUAACUGUAACAGAAGCGGAAGGUGUUCCAGAUUCUCAGGCAGGGGUGAUGUGCAAGCUUCAAGAGAGAGAUGACAUCGGACGAAUCGAACUGGUCCAGAAGCUGGCAAGAGAAAACUAUCAGUUUUUGCAGACGGACAAAAAAGAACAGGAGAAGUCUGAAUACCAGGAUGAUGAAGUGACCACGGUGCAAGUGAAAGAGCAAGACCGGAGCGUCCUGGUGCUGAAGAAAGUGCAGUGCUGUGGCCCAGCCCCCACCGCUGGGAGCCCGGAGAGCCAUUGCAGAUACGUGGUAGUGUCCGGGACUCCGGAGAAGAUUUUGGAGCACCUCCUGAAUGACUUGCACCUGGAAGAAGUCCAGGACAAAGAAACAGAGACCCUCCUUGAUGACUUCCUUCUCACGUACACUGUCUUCAUGACAACUGAUGACUUGUGUCAGGCGCUGUUAAGGCACUAUUCUGCUAAGAAGUAUCAGGGCAAAGAGGAAAACUCUGAUGUUCCUUGUCGGAAACGUAAAGUCUUACAUCUUGUUUCCCAGUGGAUCGCUCUGUACAAAGACUGGUUACAUGAAGAUGAACAUUCAAAAAUGUUUUUAAAGACCAUAUACAGGAAUGUACUGGAUGAUGUCUAUGAAUAUCCAAUACUUGAAAAAGAAUUGAAAGAAUUUCAAAAGAUACUUGGAAUGCACCGUCGUCACACUGUAGAUGAAUACUCACCACAAAAGAAGAAUAAAGCCCUUUUCCACCAAUUCAGUCUUAAGGAGAACUGGCUCCAGCACAGAGGAGCUGUGACUGAAACAGAGGAAAUGUUUUGCCACGUGUAUGUAAUGGAGCACUCCUAUGUCAGUGUGAAGGCAAAAGUUUCCAGUACAGCCCAAGAGAUCCUGAAAGUCGUAGCAGAAAAGAUCCAGCAUGCAGAAGAGGAUCUGGCUCUGGUGGCCAUCACGUUCUCUGGGGGAAAACAUGAACUUCAGCCAAAUGACUUGGCCAUCUCCAAAUCCCUUGAGGCAUCUGGUCGGAUAUUUGUCUACCGGAAAGACCUGGCUGACACUUUGAACCCAUUGGCAGAAAAUGAGGAAUCACAGCAAAGGUCGAUGAGGAUUUUGGGAAUGAACACUUGGGAUCUUGCUCUGGAAUUAAUGAAUUUUGAUUGGAGUCUGUUCAAUUCAAUUCAUGAGCAAGAGCUGAUCUACUUCACAUUCAGCAGACAGGGUAGUGGGGAGCACACUGCAAACCUCAGCCUUCUGCUCCAGAGAUGCAACGAGGUCCAGCUCUGGGUGGCCACGGAGAUUCUGCUCUGCAGCCAGCUGGGCAAGCGGGUGCAGCUGGUGAAAAAAUUCAUCAAAAUCGCGGCUCACUGCAAAGCCCAGAGAAACCUGAAUUCUUUCUUUGCGAUUGUGAUGGGUCUCAACACUGCCUCUGUCAGCCGACUCUCGCAGACCUGGGAGAAAAUCCCUGGGAAGUUUAAGAAACUUUUCUCUGAACUUGAAAGUUUAACAGAUCCUUCCCUAAAUCACAAAGCCUACAGAGAUGCAUUCAAAAAGAUGAAGCCUCCAAAAAUCCCUUUCAUGCCCUUAUUGCUUAAAGAUGUAACAUUUAUUCACGAAGGAAAUAAAACCUUUUUGGAUAAUCUUGUCAAUUUUGAAAAGCUGCACAUGAUUGCAGACACUGUCCGAACCCUGAGACACUGCAGGACGAACCAGUUUGGAGGUGACCUGUCUCCAAAAGAGCAUCAGGAGUUAAAGUCCUACGUGAAUCAUCUGUACGUCAUCGAGAGCCAGCAGGCCCUGUUUGAGCUGUCGCACCGGAUCGAGCCUCGGGUGUGAGCCCCCUCGGCCUCACCUCCCUUGUAACUGCAGCACUUUGAGCUACGGGAAUGUCCAUGCCAAGCACGUUGCUUUCCUGUGAGAAACGAAGUUGCUGAGUUUUAUCAGUACACCCCAAGACAUUCCCAGGAAAGCCAGCCAGAGCGUGUUCCGGAAGCAACGUCAGCCACCAGAGAGGGGGAGAGGCCUCUCCACGCUACUCCCAGAACAAGAAGGCAGAGAGAGACUCAGAUGCAUUCUUAAGGUGGAGAAGUCUGGUUUCUCAUGAGCACGCUCUUGAUCCAGUCCAGUUUUCCAUUUAGAUGCGCCAGCAUCAAGACAACAGAACACGUCUUGACGUAUAUAAUGACCAAAUAUUUCAGUAAGAGCGUGCGUGAAACAAGGAGGAGUUUUGCUUUGCCUGGUGUUAGAUUACUCUUUAUAGGCUAUCAAGGAGUAGUUGUUUUGAACACCUAAAGAUAGUGACAGCAUCUCCAGAUUUCCAGGGAGAAGGAGAGGUCUCUGUCAGUACGAACUAUGACAUCACCAAAAGCCACUUGUGUCUAGGGGGUGAGGCCCGCAGCUGGCACCCAAGCUCCAACUUGCAGAUGAGAAACAUCGAGGCGUGCACCGCUUUGCACCACAAUCACUUACCAACACAUGCUUGCAGGUGAAAUUAGUUUCUGUACAACUGAUUUGCAGCUAUAGGCAAGGUAGACUAAGUUGCUUUGCCAAGAAGCAAAAAUAGUAAUCUUUAAGAAAUUGACUCAAUGUUUAAUUUCUGGGGAUUUUCUUUACAUUGGUAAGCAGGCUCUUAUCUUUUAUUGGGCAUGAUAUGAUUUUUGAAAAAGCACAGUGCCUGACACGUUGUUGGCGCUCAGUAACUGCUGAGUGAGGUGACCGAGUGACAGAGGUCUGCAUUCGUGUGCCUGAUACCUCACGCAGGCUCCUUGCCCACGGUGCGGGAUGACAGCAGCCACGCAGGGAGGUGGCGUGAGGUUUGAUGUGUGAAGCGCUUAGCGUUCUCUACAAAAGCUCAGUAAUAAGGGAGUGGGGAUUACCAGUCUUUCAGCAAAUGAAAAGCGCCCAGGAAUACCCAAAUGUUUAAUUGAUACUGGAGCCUUAGAAGUCCUGUGGUCCACAUACCAGCCAAAGCAGGGAGCCUUUCUGUAAUUUGCCCUUUGUUAAAUUUCAAAAUCUCAGAGUCUUCUGAGUCCUUUUUUUAUUCCCAUUUUUACCAGUUGGGGCUCCAACAGCAAAUAAGACUUCUUGCUGUUCUCAAGGACUGAUUGGAGGAGUUCCCGCAACCUUCACACAGACUCAGAGCCUGGGGGUUAAAAUAAUGACUCUACCCCUGCCCGGUAGGUACUUGCUGCUUUGCCACCACGCAAGGGCUGCCUCCUGCCUUCAGCCCGUCCGCUGUCCAGACGCGGAGGCUUGGUGUUUUUCUCGCCAUCCCUGCCUGUCCUCUCUGAGGGGCCCCAUCGGCCCUGCUUCCUUUUUGUCCUUUUUGUCGCAUCAGCACCUCGUUCAUCCUCAUUACGAGGCGGGCCCAGUGCUUUCUGACGUCUUUAUGGCAGUGCUGUUUCCUGGGCUCAGGAACCACGCUGAGCUUGAGAUAUUGCUGGAAGGAACCAUGCAGAGGAAAUGUUUGGAAGUUCUUCCACGGAGACUCAGGCUCGCCCAGCAUGUAAAACUUCAUUCCUGGAAAUGUACAGGGUUUAUAGAAAGGCACCAUCCAGGGAUGGUCUCUCAGAGAGAUGCUUCAUGCUGUUGGUAUUGGAAUGAGACCCACUGAAGGGGAGACCAGAGCCAUCAGAACCGGGGGGUACAGACAUCCCUCACGGCUGAGCAAACACUCUAAAGCCCUCCCCUUGGCAGUCCCUGAGGAUGGCAUGGGCUUACAGCACAUCUUUUUCCUAUUCUAGGAACUAGGGUUUGGGCAGUCUAAUCAUGUAAGGCCAUUUUGACAUUGUCUCUAUGUUUUGGAAUUUAAAUUUUUAUUUACAUUAGCUCUACAUUGCUCCAAGGCAAGCAUUGCUUUUAGGGGACUGAUUUGCAAAGAACUAUUUCAGCAUAGUGCAUGCUGCUUAGACCCCAAGUCAGAUAUGUGUGCUUGGCCAAAUGAAGCUGUUCAAACACAUUUUGUGUGGUGCAUUCAGAGUAUCUUGCAUGGCCCUGGGGAAAUAGGCUGGGGAGAGAGUGGUGCUUGCCCACCAUGUCGUCCCGCCAUGAUCACGUUGCCCUCAGGGUAGCAAAGAGAAGGGAGGAUUUUGUUUAGAUUUGCUUUUCCAUCCCUGUCUUCUGAAUCUUUCUGAAAUUCUGAAAAUCUCUAAAUCUUUCUGAAAUUUAAUAACUCAUCUCCAGAGAUUUCCCAGGCAGCAACUCUCAGAAACUUCAGAAGCUUUGAGGAAUCUUAAAUCUGGAAUUACAGAAUUGAAGGCAAAAUUGUGAGAACCAGAUUUUGCUCAACAAGAAUUCUUUCUAACCACUCUGAGCUGUCCAACAGUGAACAGGCCACGGCGGGACUCACGUGAAUGGGCCAUGUUUCCUGUCUGGGCUAUUCACCACGGCCACCGAGAAUAGGUUUUAUUCAGGCUAGAAGGGUGGACUGGAAGACGUCUAAGCUCUUUUCUAGCUCUCUUUGGGGUUUUUAUGGUUGUAUGGAAUUUCCAUUCACUCUGAAAAUCUUGUGUAAUCUGCCACCUUCCACAGCAGGUGAUGCAGUCACUUGUAAGUGGGUCCUCUUUGUCAGAGCACAACUCUCAGUCCCGCAGGCCUGUGGCUGCGUCAGCAUUCCAGCAAACCAGCCCUGCUUUGGAGUUAGCACAGGACAGAGGAAUGCAGGCUCCCGUAGGCAAAAUCACAACCUUUCCAUUUUUUUUUUUAAUUUUUGCAUACACAUUUGCAGAUGUUCUAUAGACUACAGUGUUUUAAAUUCAGUCUUUGUCAUAAUCUGUAUAAUUGCCAAAUGGUUGUAGUGAUAAAUAUUAUGACCUGUGACCCGCAUUCACUUUUUUCAGUAGGCUUAAUUAUGUUUAGAAUAAACUCAUUUUCCUAGACCAAUACCCACAAGCAGGUAGUGCAGAGCAUACAUUGAAUUUAGAAGCACACGAAGAUGAAGUAAAUGCCCACACCUCCCAGCCUGCAGUUAGGAUGUUGCAUGAAUGCACACUCGCCUCUGAGUGGGGGAGGAACAGUAGCAUGAAUGAGAGGGUGCUGGUGGCAACUUCAGAUCCCUGAAGCUGGGCUUUCCCUGCUGCCCGGCUCGCAGCCCUGCAGUUCUGUCCUAGCCAGCGCGAACACCACACAUCUGGGACUGAGUGUUCCUGAAUGGCACAGCCACUCCAAGCUUCUCAGAAACUGGGCAAAAACCAUUAAAAUGGGGAAGAUCCAGGUCCAUUGCAGCUGUCCAACACGGGAUCUCUUUUAAAUGUUUCAGAGACAUGUCCUUAAAAUUUCAGCCUGCUUCUUAGUGAGUGGGCCAGUUUUGCUUAAAACUGGUAGGGGUGAAAAACAUUUUUAAAAAUUGCCAAAAAGUGAGAUGAAAAUGUACUACUGUAUAAAGCAAAGCUGUAUAUACUAAACUUUUUUUAGCAGAGUAAUAUUUAUUUGCAUAGUCUAUUUAUUGUAUUCGUAUUACACGGUUAUUAAAUAUUGGGAUGAAAUCAAUGACCUGAAGCAAGGAAUCUUGCCUUUCAAUGUAUUAUUAAUUAGGCCUGCUGUGAUACUGUCAGCUUGCGUUAUCAAUUAGAAGAUAGAAAACCCGCAAUCAGGGUGUCUACCUAACUUCUCAGGGACUACACUUCGUAGUUUUCCACCAUUAUAAGAGCUGGUAAAUAUGAAACAUUUGUUGAAUUACCAGAAUUGCCAUUAACAGUGUUUCCUUUCCCAUAUUUCAUGCUUUCUGCCUCUGUAUAUAGGACUGUGCUGUGUAUUUAUCGAAGCUAGUAAGCAAUAAUUUAUAUGUAAAAAUGGCCAAGCAAUAUAAGGUUAAAACUUAUAUAAGUAACCAUUACCUUAUUUUCAAGUGUUUUUUUUAAACUGCUUUUCCAAAUAUAAACUCUGUUAAAGAUACU